AUGAAAUCCUUCUUAGGUAUUGUUCUUUCUGUUCUAUUACUUAGUCAGUUACAAAAACAAAUUGAUGGCGGUCCAGUUUCUGGUGCUACAUGUUGUGCGGGCUGCUGUGCAACAGCUAUGGCCGUUCCAUUUCUUGGAGCUGCAGGAUUUGGUGCCUGUCUACCAACAUGUAUUGCAACAAUGGGUGAAUUUCCACCACAUUGUGUAUUUUGUGCGGCAAUAUUUCUGGCGCCAACGCCAUGA